CAUUAAAAAAUAAACUUAAAAAAAGAGAAAUAUAUAUUUUUUGUCUUCUUCCUUCCUACCCCAUCUCUAGUAGAAUAAGAAGCUUUCUGGAAAAAAAAGAAGUUGUAACAUCAGACGGGGCCUCACAUCCCUCCAAGCAGAACUCCAGAGCUUGGCAGAAGGAGGGGAUGAGGAGAGAGUGUUUAGCCCAACAGGAGACCGAAGUUUUAAAAUGGUUAUGACUGACUCUUAAUAACUGAAACGAACUCACAGAUUAUAGAAUUAGAAUAAAAUCUUGUUAGGGAAGCCUGUUCCCUAAAGGGAAAGGAGACUUUUCAACAGAAAAUAUUUGGAAACAGUUUUUUAGAAAACUAUGUAUGCCCCAAAUUUUUACUGACUACUUGUGGAUUGAAUGAAUAACUUAGACUCUAUUACAGCUUGAUAUUAUUAUGCACUUAAGACCUGAGAUAUUUGUACAAAAAUGUUUAGUGACAGGAAAUUCUAUAGACUAGGAGGCUAGGCUAGGUCCUCAUUAGGUCAGUAUGAAACCACUCCUCUUAAAAAUGUGUUAGGAAAUAAUUAUGUUGCAGGAAUCAAAGACCCAAGGAAAUCUUUUAAUUUAGAACCCAAGAAUCUUAAGACAACUCUCCAUCUGGGCUGUGAAUUACACUUCUCACCUCAGAAAGUGCAAGCCUCAGUCACACCAUGUCAUGCCCAGGGACAGGGUUACGUGUAAUUGUAACUGGGGCUCUGCUGACCUCAAUGGAUACAAACUGUCACAGACACUUGUAGUACUUUAGUGCACUUUGAUCAUGUACAAAAUUGAACACUGUUAUAAUUUUAUUAGAUGAGAAAUAGAAGGGACUUUUAUCAUAGCAUAUCAUAAGCGGGAAACUCGUAACUUCUGUCUUACUUUCUUCUUCUUUACAUUUUAUUUUAUAUAUGCCAUGAAAAGUAAGGAUUGUGAACUCCCUUUAAUUUGAAGUUAUUACAGACUUCUCAGCCUUGCAGAGAGAGAGUCUGUGGUAUCCGUUGUGCGAUGUAGCCUUAUCUUUCUUGCCUCUGGAAACUUGCUCAGAUAAGGGAACAUUGACCUACUCCCUUUAUGUUGGCUACAUGAACAAUAUGAGGUAAUGAUACAAAACAUAUAUAAGAGAAAGCCCCGCUUAAGGGUCAGUGAGAACAAACAAGCAAUUCUUUUGUUUCUCUUCAAGUUGGCAGCAUUUUCAUUCCAUAUUUGGAAGCAGCAGUCAUUUAAAUCUCCUACUCACACUUAACCUGAUUUUUUACCCACCCCCGCCCCCCCCCCCCUUUUUUUUCCUUGGCAGAGAGAGAAGCAUCUUUGGACUAUGAAUCCUGUGAAUCCCAUUAUUGUAUCAUUACUUGGAAUCAAUGUUGAAGAUAUAAGUUAAUCUUAACUGUGCUUUGUGCUGAUGGGUAUUUAUUUAGUCUUAAACUACUACCAUUUUUCACUCUUGGCUUGUUUGCAUUGGAUUUUCGGCUUAUUCUUGAGUUCUUGAAUGCAUUUGCAUUUGGAGCAACUUAGUUAUGAUUUCACAGGUGCACAAGAUGGAGAGAGUGAGGCUGAAUUUUUACCUGAUGACUUUGAAGAAAAACCAGAAAGAGAAAAGAAACAUACCAAUUUCACUUUGUGCAACGUUUGUAACAUUCAGCUGAAUUCUGCAGCUCAAGCACAAAUCCACUACAAUGGCAAAUCACAUCAAAAGAGAUUAAAACAACUGAGCAAUGGGAUGCUGAAAAAUGACAAUGGUGGUACAUGCCAGAGCCCUGCUCUCCCAGCCCUGGUCCGUCCACCAGCCCCUCCUCUGCAACCUUCGCUGGAUAUCAAACCCUUUCUUCCCUUUCCUCUGGACACUGCUGCGGUCAACCUCUUCCCCAAUUUUAAUGCGAUGGACCCGAUUCAGAAAGCUGUAAUAAAUCAUACAUUCGGGGUUCCUCUUCCUCAUCGAAGAAAGCAAAUCAUAUCAUGCAACAUUUGCCAGUUGAGAUUUAAUUCUGAUAGCCAGGCUGCGGCCCACUACAAAGGCACGAAACAUGCCAAGAAGCUCAAAGCACUGGAAGCCAUGAAAAAUAAGCAGAAAUCUGUAACUGCCAAGGACAGCGCAAAGACUACCUUCACCUCCAUCACUACCAAUACCAUCAAUACCAGCUCUGACAAAACAGACAGUACCGCAGGGACACCAGCAAUAUCAACGACAACUGUGGAAAUUCGCAAAAGCAGUGUUAUGACAACUGAGAUCACCUCCAAAGUGGAAAAAAGCCCCACAACAGCCACUGGCAAUAGCUCAUGUCCUUCCACGGAGACCGAGGAAGAAAAGGCAAAACGGCUUCUUUACUGUUCGCUAUGCAAGGUUGCUGUCAACUCUGCCUCACAGCUGGAGGCACACAACAGUGGUACUAAGCACAAAACCAUGCUAGAAGCCCGGAAUGGAAGUGGGACUAUCAAAGCCUUUCCUAGGGCAGGCGUGAAAGGCAAAGGACCAGUUAAUAAGGGAAACACAGGUCUGCAAAACAAAACGUUUCACUGUGAAAUCUGUGAUGUGCACGUCAACUCGGAAACACAACUUAAACAGCACAUUAGCAGUAGAAGGCACAAAGACAGAGCUGCUGGGAAGCCCCCGAAACCUAAAUACAGUCCUUACAACAAACUACAGAAGGCAGCACAUCCACUGGGGGUAAAAUUAGUAUUUUCAAAAGAACCUUCAAAGCCAUUGGCUCCGCGAAUUCUACCAAACCCACUGGCAGCUGCAGCGGCCGCUGCUGCCGUGGCAGUGAACGCCCCCUUCAGUCUCCGAACUGCCCCAGCGGCAACACUGUUCCAGACCUCGGCGCUGCCUCCAGCACUCCUGCGGCCAGCUCCUGGACCUAUUCGGACCGCCCACACUCCUGUGCUGUUUGCUCCUUACUGAAUUCCAAAUGGGAGUACUUGUACUGCAAUAAUUUUUCAAAAGACAAAACAAACAAAACAAAAGAGAACUAUGCAGUGUUUAUUUAUAGUUUAAAGUAUAUCCGAAGAGCCAGGACUUUUGAUAGUGAAUUGAAAAGAUUAUUUAAAAAAAUUAAAAAAAAAAAAAGGAGGGAGGUUUGGGGGGGGAGGGGAGGGGUGGUAUUUUCUCCAAAUUAAAGCAUUCCUCUUGAACAUUGAUUGUUUUAGAAGUGAUCUCCAGCAUUGACUUGUAGUGGUAUCUAGAACUUCUGAAGCCUUUGUGACUGUGCUUUUGGGCACCUAUUUCCCUCUGCAUUGUCUUUCCUGCUUUAUGAAACAACUAUACAUUGUAAGGGCAUUAACUGGUUCCAGUGUAUAUAUAUAAUAAUUUACUCUGUAGAUUAAGAUAAUAUGAAAAGAAGAAAAACAAAACAAAACAAAAAAACAUAAAAAAACACACACACACACACAAAAGCAACACUGUGAAUAGUAGUACCCGUGCUGGUCCUCUUGCUAUGACAGCAAUUACUGGGUAUUUAUCCCAACAAAAGUAGAUACAGUAGAUGUCUUGUAAAACAAUAGUGCUGUGUCUCAAUCUAUGCCACUAGGUUUUAAAGAGUCGCAAAAGGUAGAAUGAACAACUAUUUCAUGCCAGUAAACAGUCAAACGAUAAACAAACACCAGAGGGUUUGUGGAGGUCUUCCUGGUCCACAUUCUCCCCCUCCUGUCCAGCUUGUAAGACUUUAAGUUGAGGACAAGAGAGCAGGGCUAAGCAUCGACAUAGGGGAGACAUUAAUAAAGGUAGUUUCUUACAAAGUACUCAUUUUCCCACCCUGAGGCAGUAUUGCUGGGAAUCGGGAAGGCUUUGUAAUGAAACUAUAUCUGAAAACAGGUAAACCCGUGCAUCAUGGGUGUUUCGAAAGAAAUCAGUACAAGUGUUUUGUUUCAUGGAUAAGGAACGGUCACGACCUAAGAUGAUAAUGCAAAGUAAAGGUUUUUCAUGUUAGUGUAUACCCAAAACAAGAAACAAAAACAAAAAAACAGAGAAUAUUGCAUCUCUGCAAUAUAUCCCCUUUAUAUCAUACCAGUAAGGCUGUGUCUUAGGCAAAGGUUUCUGCUUUGAAUAUGAUGAUAGAUGUUAGCUAUUGUUGUGGGCUUUUUCUUGUUUUUUAGAUUUCCUACUGACAUGAUAUAAACAAUUAAUAUAUAUUUAAGUGUUAGUAAAACAAGAAAAAUGAAUCUGAGUUGAUUGCAGACCAAGGAUAUAGUGUUAGAAAAAAACCUGGUAGGACGCACUUGACCAUCAUUUCUCUAGUGGAGUUGUGAAAUCUGGCAGCCUUCUGUGUUCACCGUAAGGCUGAAAGGAGUUGAUGUUUUACCUUUAAAACAAGAUUUAUCAGGGGUAUAUAUAAAUAUAUGUAUAUUGUAUAUAUGUUAGAAAGAUUAAGAUAAUAACUUAUAAAAAGAAAAUCUAUAUAAAAUAAUUAUAUAACCAUCCCAUGUUACAUGUUAUCAUUAAGUUGGUAACGAAUGGCAUAAAAAUAGCUGUGCCUUUAAUUUGUGAUAAAGGCUAUUUGCUUUUUCCCAUAGAAAGCUAACAUAUACCUAUCACUAUGAUGGGGUUUGAUGCAGCCAGUCUGUUGCAUUAAUAACAACAAGGAUACUCAAACUUAGAACAAUGAUAAAACAUGUACAAAUCAACCCUACAUGAUUUAGGUUUAGAGAAAAAAAAUAUUUUUGAAAAGGUUUUGUAAAGACUAUUUAAAAUAUAGGGAAGGGCUGGAUAUGGCCUUCCUAAAACUGCUCUUAUCUAAACUGUAGUAACUUUUUGAGAGGUAUAAAGAUUCAAGAUGAAACCAUUUGAGAGAUAGGUAUUUAGCAUUUGUCAUUUUAUAUUUAAGAAACACCCAUAGCGUGCUUGGUGCUCAACAUUGAACGUGGUCUUUGGAGUUCCUCUCCACCAUCUAUCUAGCUAUAGACAUUUGUCAUAUAUACGUAUCUUUAAAGCAGUUGGCUUUAUAUAUCUUUUGUUAAACAAACAAAAAAAUAAGGGUAGAAGGAAGGAAGGAAGGAAGGGAAAAAGGGAGGAGGGCAGGCAGACAAGACAAAAAAGUCUUUCAUUAGUCCUUGGUAAAAAGAAUUUCAAACCAUACACAUCUGGUUAAACAUGUUGGUUAGUAUUAAAAUUUGUUUUUUGAGAGUAUCUGGUGAUUUUACAUUUACCAAUACCUCUACAAUCUGGUGUUAGCAAGUGUUUCCUUUUUUCACUCACAGACCCUACUAGUUCAGUCAGAUGGAAAGUUGCUCAUGAGUUUGUUGUUUGGGGCUCUGUCUAUAUCUCGUGUGACCAGCUUCUGACUGAUUUGAACUUAAGUUGCCUUUUUCUGCUUUGUCAAAUAUUUUUAUCUUUCGCUAUAAGUUAGCCUGAAUCCUUAUCCAACAACCUUUACCCCUGAGAAAACCUCUUUCUAUUGGAGAACCUGAUGUUAACUGAUACAAUCUCACUACUCUGUGCUUUUGCUAUUCUUUCCCCAUUUUCACCAAAGUGAACAAGCCAGUCCACUAGAAGUCAGGGCCUGUGGGAUGCAAAGAGUCCUGGAUCACAAGGUGUUACUAACUUUAAUGAUUUGCUGGGAGCAAACAAAUCAGCCAUAUUUUCUCCAUCAGCCAUAUGAGAAAACUCAGAAAUACCUAACUCCCUUCUGCCUCACUUCGCUAUGGAACCAUUUUUGUUUAAAUGGUCUCUUAAAUUGGAGUUGUAAUCAUCAGUUGUCUUUUACUCACUACCUAAUAAAGGAUGAAGCCUAACUAUAGAACUUACAGUGGGUUUUCUGUGAAUUGUUUCCCCCCACUCCACAUAUUUAUCAACACCAGAUCAACAUCUAUUACAGUUCAGACUGCUAUAAAGCUAUAUCCUUUCCCGUAGGGAACCUUUUUCAUGAAUAAAGAUCAAUAAUUCAGAUUGGUCAGCAUUGGUGCUCUGAAAAUCCCCAGGGGUGGUCUGACUUUAUGGUUAUAUAUCCCUUCCCAUGCAUCACACCCAUGGCGAGGAAGUGAUAGAGGAAGCAUCUACGAUUUCAUUUGAAACAGAUAUAAAUGCAUUGCAAGAACCAAAUGCCUCUGGACAAAGCAUUGCCACACCUCAUCCAGAUCAUCCAGACAAAUGGGAAACAGUCGUUGGGGAGGUACUGUAUUUCUCUUUUGAGAAAACAGGUGAUUACACAUAACAAAUUGUUCCUGUCACCGGUCUUAAUCUUUGAAGGGUUCUAUUCAUGUGAGCAAACAUGGUUGGCUUUUGGCAUCACUGCCUCAUCUGUAAAGACUGCAGUCUUUAGGUACCAUUAGGCCUCCCUUCAUCCACUGUGAUAAUUCACUGCCAUUAUCAUCAGAGAUCUAAUUUGGUUUCUUGAAAGGUGCUACAUAUUUUGCUGCCAAAGAACUAUUUAACCAAGAGACCAUUCACACUCAUUUGGAAAUUAAAAGAGCAGGAAAUCAUAAAACAGAAAACUGAAAGACAACAAAGUUUCUUAAAAUAGGAUUAUUCAAAGUUUAUCCAAAGUUAAAGUUUUAUGUACCCAUAUAAGUUUCUAAGGCACAGAACCAAUACAUAGUACACAUGGCAUUAAAUUCCACUUAUAAUUAAAUUGUAACUUAAUAUCUUUGCCCCCACACCCAUUUAAUUUUCGACUUUCUUGAAGAAAUCAGAUCACAGAGCUAAAUAAUUCAAGUGGUGUAGAGACCUUUUCCUUCAAAUAUGAAUUAAUAUAGAGCACUACCUUCCUGUGCAUUCUCAUGGAUAGCAUUAUGUGAAUAGCUCUUUGUAUACAGGAAAGCAUCAUAAACUAGUAGGGAAAACAAUGAUCUGAAAGAAGUCAGUCUAUUGUAGACUUUGUCUCUGAUCAGCAGGAUAAUAAUUAGAUAGUUGACUAAUGCUUUGCCCUUAAUUUCUUCAUCAGUAAUAUGGCUGAGCUGGUUUUCUAUUUCGGCAUUAAAAAACCACUUCUCUCAUCCUUUCGAAAAUAAAAUUGCUUUCUUGUAGUGACCCAUUCAGCUACUCACAUAUUUGCAUGUGUCCAGAAAUGUGUUCUGUAUUCCUCUCCAUCCUGAAUAUACCACGCUAUAGGUCAUUCAUCUAAUCAAUCAGAAUGUAGAUUUCAACAAUUAUCAGAGGAGUUGCUAAUUCACACUGGACAUACAACAAAGUCAUAAAGGAUGUACUGCAUCUAUUUUCUCAAUCUAGAACAUAAUAAAAUUUGAACAAGACAAACCCCAAUAAAAGCAAUAGAAACUUGGCAGUGCAUGUGUGGAAGGGAGCAACAGAUAUUUAAAUGCCUCAUCCUUAUGCCUUUUGUUGUGCUUUCUCUCUUCAGCAGUAAUGGUCUCCAUCACUAAUUCUUCCCUGUGUUUGCGUGUGUUUUAGCUAAUGGACACCUUAGUAAGACCACUUCUUCCACAGUCAAAGGAUAUCAGUGAUGCUCUCGACAUUGUUACAGCAAGAAUUAUUUGAACUGCGUCCUGACAUUGAAUGUCUUACAUGUUGAUUUCUGUUGGUUUUCACCAGAAGUGUAGAUUUAUUUCUAGAGCAUCUCUUCUGGUCUUUCUAUGGCAUGCUUUAUAACAAUGGCAAAGGCUAUUACCAGGAAGUGAAAUGGAUCAUUUAUAUGGCAAGUCUUCAUUGUCUACUCACUGGUUCUGAGAGUAGCAUCAGGGCUUCCAGAGAAAGAUAUGUUGAUAUGUUGAUAUAUCAUUCUUAGGUGGCCUACAGGAUCAUUACUUCCAGGAAUGGCUUUAUAGCUUUCCAGAAUUAUGAAUGGUGAUGAAAGGCCUGUUCUGCACUGGAAAACUCUUCUAUGUGCUGCUUUUUAGAAGUCCAUGCAAGUUACAAAAGGUCACAGAGUUUGAAAAAUUCCUUGGCUUGCUCAGGUGUGAAAGAACCAAGAACUACCUUCAAUCUGAUCAUCUUUUUACUCUUUUCGGUGACAGAAAGCCAUCUUUCUUAGAUGUUCAAGUUGACUCUACAAACUGCCAAGAUGCAUUCCAGGCCAAACCUGAUGAUUAAUAUGCAUGAUCAAGUGGGGUAUCUUGGAGUUUGCUCAAAUUUACAAAGACCACUGAGAAUGGGUUCAUGUUCUUUUUAUGACUGACGAGUCAACUCUAAAAGCAAUUUCCAAAGAGAAGAUCUAAAAUGGUUUGUAAGCAAAAAAGUGUAACUAAAAAUAAGUACUUGAACAGUGACCAAUUCUAAGGUUAAUUGUGUGUGUGUGUAUGUGUGUGUGUGUACAUGAAGUGAUAGAGAAUGCAUCCUUUUUCAAAAUCAUGGUAUUACCUUUUUUUUCCCCUCCAAUGAUCAGGUUGGUUGUUAUUUUAAGACGAGAAACUCUAACUUCACAUUUGAGAAUCUUAAUAAAUUUAAGGCAUUGGAGAGUUUGUCAAGUAGGUAUAAUAUUAAAGUACUAUGCUCUCUAGUAACGUUUUUAUGCUAGCAGUUUGAGUUGGGUAAUGCAAUUGUAACAUUUAAUACAAGCUUCUGACAUUCAAUAUAGAAUUUGAAACUAUGAAAUCUUUAAAUCCAGGUAGUAUGCAACACAUGGUAAAACAGGACUAAAGAAAAUUAUCAAAGAGAGAAUCCUAUAUUGGGGACCUAGAUUAUAUUUUUUCAGGAAACAAAAUUUGUUAAAGUCAUUUGGCUUUUUGAUUAUCUAAAUCUAGUGAGACACAAAUCCAUUGAGAAACAUAGUUAUGGAGUUUUUAAGCCAUGGUAAAAGUGUAUGGAAUUUUAUUAACUAAAAAAUAAAAAUGUGGGUUUUACUGGA